CGCCAUUGUAAAAUUUGAUGGUGAACGUAGUGAGCUCUCCGGUGACAGAAUGACGAUCUGCAACAAACACAGUUAACCAAGCAUCAAUGUCUCAACCGCCGCGAAAGCACUUGGCCCGGGUGAGGAUGCUAAGCCGACCAGGCCGGGCGGCCCCCGGGCUCCGGAUAACGCACGUGAAGUCCAUUAAACCCCCGGACCCAGAGGCUUCGAAGAAGCAGGAGGAGGAGAGGCUCAGGGCUCAGCUCCAAAAAGAAAUAGUCUCCCGCUCUCGCCAAUGCGCGUACAAAGACUACGAGUGUCUGCUACCAGUCAUGUCGGGCAGGCAUUACUGCGGCAGACAUAUCCUGAAGGACCCUACAGCGCCUUACAAGCAGUGCGUUCACACCUUCGGGAACGGAGAGCGGUGUUCUCAACCCGCGCCCGAUAAUAAGGACCAUAGAGAGAGGGAUUUAGGGCUAUGCUUCGAGCACGCCCGCGCGUCGCUGCACGCCCGCCAGCGCGCCGCUGCGCCGCCGCCUCCUGCCACCACCACGGAAACAUUGCUGAAUCAACUGCAGCACUAUGUCAGACCGGAGCGCCCUCGGACCACGUCAUGUGCGUCGUCAGUGUCUGUGGUCAGUGACCACGACCCGCAGGACCCCGCCAUACCCAGCGCUGUGGACCCUUUCAGACAGAUUGUCCCCGGUCCCCUCCCUCUCCAGGCCAAACUGUCCCCUCUUACUCAAAAGUUGAAAGGACCAGUACGCCCUCGGACCACAUCAUGUGCGUCGUCCGUGUCUGUGGCCAAAUUGUCCCCUCUCACUCAAAAGCAGAAAGGACCAGAGCGCCCUCGGACCACAUCAUGUGCGUCGUCCGUGUCUGUGGUCAGCGACCAUGACCCGCAGGACCCCGCCAUACCCAGCGCUGAGGACCCUUUCAGUGAAGCGGAACGCCCUCGGACCACAUCAUGUGCGUUAUCAGUGUCUGUGGUCAGUGACCACGACCCGCAGGACCCCGCCAUACCCAGCGCUGUGGACCCUUUCAAGCAAAUCGACGCGACAGCUGUCAACGCGCAAUACUCGGCUUCGAUCAUGGAGUGUGCCAGUGCGAGUGACAGUGACUGUGACAGCGUGACGUUGGGUCCCGACGGCACCAUACGAGAGUGCGAUAGUGACAGCGAUGAAGCGCCGUGCGAGACGCAGCCUCUGUGGCGAGCGGGUGUAUACACAGCGGAAGAAGCAGUGUCAGAAGCGAGGUCGGCGCUAGUGUCACUGCAACAAGCCUACACGCGACAGCUGUCAAGAUUGAGGGUAAUUCUACAAACGCACCGCGGAAACUACCUACGGGCUUUGAAGGCAGAGAAGGAGACCUACUGUAGCAUAAACGCGCAAGCGCGUAGCGGCCCUUUAACUGUGCGAGAGAGACGACAACUCCGCAAACUGAAGGCUUAUGCUGCACAUCAUCGACGUCACGGAGUCGAUGCCGUGCUAGCGAGGAAACUGACUCACAAGCGCGCUAAGCAAGGCACAGAGCCGUCCAAUCGGCCGAUACCGUCUCAAAGCAGAUGUACUUAUACUGAAGAGAGCGUGCGAUGCGGGAACCCUGUACUACCAGCUUCUAAGCACUGCCUCAAACACAUCCUGCAUGAUUCCAACCAGGUGCUAUUCGUGCCUUGCUCGUCGGCCCGCGGCGUGGGCGCGUGCCGCGAGGCGGUGCCUCUGCUGCCCGCCGCGCCAUUGUGUAGAUACCACGCGCCCGUGCCGGCACACCAAGUGUUCCAUAUGCGGAAAGACGAAUCUAAAGACGGCUCAGAGUCCGAGGUGACUUCGGACGCGUCCGAGCCGGGGCCGUCCGAACCAGUACUGUCCGAACCGAUACUGUCCGAAAUCCCUGCGCGUUCUGCCAUCACUUCUGCUGCAUUACAAGAUAUCAUGUUCCAAUGAUAAUGGAAAUUGGACCUCAUCUUAAAGCAUAACUGGAACAGUGAAUUUGUGAACGGACUUUAAAGUGCUCAGUGAUAAAAUGUGUGACAAGUGGUGUUGGUUAAGUGGUAGGUAAUAGGUAUGUUGGAAUUAGGGUUGCCAGGCGUCCGGCUUUAGCCGGACAUGUUUGGCUUUUUAUGGUCUUGUCCGGCCUGUCCAGCUUUUGUUAGGCUUUUUAUUUGGCCUGCUGCGCCAGACAAAAGUCGAGCCACAGAAUAAUAUGAAGCGCACGCAUCAGUUGCAUGUUAUGUUGGGCAACCGAUGAUACGAUGACAGUACUCACUCGUGAGCUAUGACACUAAUUGCAUCCGUCACAUGUCCGGCUUUUAGGGUAAAAUGUCCAAAUGAAGCACAGAGUCCGGCUUUUGUGUUUUUGGACCUGGCAACCCUAGUUGGAAUACAACAUCCUUUUUUUGAUUUCCUGGAACUCUAGGGUAUUAAGAUCACUUCAAAGUUCAAAGAAUCGAAUUAGCAUAUUAUUUUUUUAUUUCAGCCUUAUUUUUUCAUACAUACAAAACUCUGAUGAGUAUUUUCAAAAAUAUGCGUUUAGGAAUCCAUAUUCUUAGGACAUUUUAACUUUUU